AUGACCGUAUCUUUUGUCUCCUUGUGUGCACGUUCUUCGCGCCCAGUCCUUGGACGUAUUUUUAAUGCCUCUCUCCAUAGCGAUCAUUCUCAGGGCAAUUCGUUGCAUUCAUACAGAUUGGCAUCAUGGCUUAAACAUCGUAGCAAAAGGCAGCAGCUUAAUGUAACUCCAAGAGUUGAUACAAUUAACGUCAAAUAUGUUGGCCCUCCUGGGACUCCUUCUGAAUUAAUCAUGACCAAAAAUAUAUCGACUCCAAAUGACUGCGCGAAACAUCUUUCUGGGCAUUUUGUCGACCGAAGCGCCGUUGCUCUUGUAAAUGGCGUAUGUUGGGACUUGCACAAGCCUUUGGAUGAAGAUUGCGAAUUAACUUUUCUUAAUUUCAAGGUCUGUAUUUUAAUCCAAUGA